AUGACGAUAGAGGAGGCGAAGACUACCGGCUCCGAUACGGACAACUAUGAUACCAAGGUCGUGCCGCGAGUUGAAUCUGCAAGUGACUCUGAGUCUACUUUGACUGGCCAGCGAGGCACCGUUAAGACAAUCGACUGUGCCUUUGAUACCACCGAGGACCCCCGCUACUACAAGCCUAUCCCGGAGUAUGAGGGUUAUCAUCGAUGGGACCCGGAAUUCGAGUGGACUGAAGAGGAGGAAAAGGCCGUUGUGAAAAAGAUUGACUGGCGCGUCUGUACAUUUGCCUGUGUCACAUUUUUUGCAUUGCAGCUCGAUCGAGGAAAUGUCGUCCAAGCUACAUCUGACAACAUGCUGGGUGACUUGGGCAUGAACACAAAUGACUACAACACCGGACAGACAAUCUUCCUUUUGACCUUCUUAUUCGCGGAACUUCCAUCCCAAUUACUUUCGAAGUGGUUCGGACCCGAUCGCUGGAUUCCUGUUCAAAUGGUCUCUUGGAGUUUGGUCGCUGCCUGCCAAGCUUUUGUUAAGAACAGAAGCACCUAUUUUGUGACCAGAGCUCUGCUGGGCCUUCUCGAGGGUGGUUUCAUCCCUGAUACUAUUCUAUUCCUAUCGUUCUGGUAUAAGUCCAAGGAGUUGCCCAUUCGCCUGAGUUACUUCUGGGUCGCUUACCAGGGCACUUCAAUUGUGAGCGCAUUCCUUGCCUUUGGAUUCCUGCAUAUUCGCGGUUCAGAUGGUACAGGAGGCUGGCGAUACCUUUUCGCAUUCGAGGGUUUGAUCACCGGUUUGAUCGGUAUUGUUGCCGCCUUCUGGAUGCCUCCUUCGCCCACUCAAACUGCCGGUAGAUUCCGUGGCAAGAACGGUUGGUUCAAUGAGAAGGAGGAAAAGAUCAUGGUCAACCGUAUUCUCCGCGAUGACCCGAGUAAGGGUGGCAUGCAUAACCGUCAAGCUGUUACUCCUCGCAUGUUGUGGCACGCUCUGAAGGAUUACGACAUGUGGGUCAUUUACCUGCUCGGAUUGACCUGGAUGAUUGCCAAUACGCCCGCGACAUCUUAUAUCAGUCUGCAACUGAAGUCGUUGGGCUUCAGCACUUUCCAUACCAACUUGCUCGCCAUUCCGGCGUCCGUGAUUUUUAUUAUCAACUUGCUGGUCUGGACAUGGAUUUCUGAGAGAUUCAAUAUUCGUCUGCUUCUGGGUGUCGGUGCCGAGCUCUGGGCUAUCAUCUUGCUCAUUGCACUCGAGGUGCUUCCUACUGGUGCCAGUCCCUGGGCUCGCUGGGCACUUUUGACUUUGCUUAUCGGAAUGCCUUACGUUCAUGCCAUCAUCGUUGCAAUCACAUCACGUAAUGCGGGUACUGUUCGCACUCGGACCGUUGCAACUGCACUCUACAAUAUGAUGGUGCAAGUUAGCAACAUCAUUGGAAACAAUAUCUACCGAGAAGAUGACAAACCACUGUACCGUACUGGAAAUGCGGUGCUGAUUGGUCUUGCGGCAUGGAGUUUGGUGAUGUUCAUCAUCGCUAAUUACUACUUCGUGUGGCGCAACAAGAAAAAUGCCGCCGUCUGGGACAACAUGACCAGUGAAGAGCGAGAGCGAUAUGUGGCCGAAAAUCAACAUCGUGGCAAUAAGAGAAUCGAUUUCCGCUUUCUGCACUAG